AUGCAGCAGUGCAGCAACCUGGCAGCAGGCCAGCCAGCACGGUUGCUGCCCGCCGCCGCCAGCGCCGCCACCUGUGCCGGGCGCCUGCCAUCACCCCCUCUGCCAGCAGGAUGCAGCACCAGGGCACGAAGGCGGCCAUUCUCCUCAGCUGCAGCUCUGGGUGAUGACGGCACCACAGAGCAGCCCUGGCUGCAGGGCUGCAGCUCUGCCCGCUUGCAGUCGCUGCGGCUUGUGCCAGCUCCACAGCAGGGGCGUGGUUUGCGGCUGGCGCCACGGCCCCUGCACGCACUCUCGCCCGCCUGGCCGCAGCAGCCUGGCGGGGAGGAACCUCGCAACGGCCAGUACCGCGGCUACGCCAGCCAGCCGUGGAAGUUCUGGGGCCUAUCUGGAAGCAGCGGAGAUGGCGAGGGCGGGCUUCGGCCACCAGAGCCGCUUCCAGCGGGCAUCCCUAGCGCGUCGCACGAACGAGAGCUGAAGGCGGUCAACACUGCAGUGGUGGUCAAUGCCCUGAUAUUUGUGGCAAAGAUGUGCACCUGGGCAGUCACUGGCAGUGGCGCGCUGUUGGCAGAGGGCCUGCAUUCUGUCGCUGAUGUGGCCAAUCAGCUGCUGCUGAAGCAUGGAGUGAUACGAUCGCGGCGCAAGCCCACGCGCGAGCAUCAGUACGGAUUUCACAAAGAGAAAUACGUGUAUGCUUUAAUAUCAGCCGCAUGCGUUUUCUGCGUUGGUUGUGGUGCCUCGGUGCUGCAUGGCGUGAGCAGCCUGCUAAACCCACAUGCUCUGGAGAAUAUGGCGCUCAGCCUGGCAGUGCUGCUGGGCAGCAGUUUCCUGGAAGCCUACUCACUGCGUGUGGCCUUUCAGUCCAUCCAGCUCAGUGCCGAGGAGCAGGGCAUGGGGCUGUGGCAGUACAUUAAACGCGGCAGGGACCCCACGACUGUGGCCAUCCUGUGGGAAGACGGCGGCGCCGUGGCCGGCCUGGGGCUGGCAGGCGGCUUCACCCUGCUGACCUAUUUCACAGGGCAGCCGCAUUGGGACGCCAUGGGCUCCAUUGCUGUGGGCUUGCUGAUGGGCGUCAUUGCACUGCAGCUCAUGCGGACCAACAAGCGUUUCCUGAUCGGCCAAGCAAUGGAGCCUGCAGUGGAGCGCAGCAUCGUGGAUCACUUGAAGAAUGAUAAAAUGGUGGUGAACGUGAUAGAUCCGAAGAGCGAGGAGAUGGGCGAUGGCGUGUUCAGGUUCAAGGCUGAGAUCCAGUGGAGCGGCGAGCAUGUAGUGCAGAAGUACCUCUCUACGCUGCAGCGUGAUAGCCUGUACAAGCAGAUCCGCAGCGCUGCCUGCACCACCAACGUGGAUCAGCAGACCAUGGAGGAUGCCAUCGACAUGGCCAUGAUGGACUUUGGCCGGGGCGUCAUCAGAACCAUUGGUAGUGAAAUUGACCGGCUGGAGGGCGAGCUCAAGGUGCUGGUGCCGGGGCUUGCUUACGUGGAUCUUGAAACAGACAGAGGUGAAAUGAGAGGCAUGAGUCUGAUGGGCAGCGUGGAUGGCAUCCUGGACCCCUGCCUUGAUAUGGGCGAUGUGCAGCGCCUAUACGAGGAUGGCGUCGCCACCGCGCAGAACAGCACGGGCAGCGCUGCAGGAGGCAGCGGCCAGGCUAAUGGCCCCAUUAGCAGCACGCCACCAGCUGCAUAG